UAGCGCGGCAGUCAAGGAAGCUUAGCUUGUGCGUGUUUAUGCGCACCAAAUUCUUGUUGUUUUAUUGCGAAUAAUAUUUAUUCACUGAUGUGGAAUAAACAUUUGCAGCUCGGACAGCUUAAGCUCGAAUUCCAACGUCUCGUUGCAUCUUGAUCGCGCGCUCUUGCUGAGAUGUCUGGUUGCCAGGGCAACAGCGGCAGCAUCACGGGGCUGCUGGGUGCGCUCUGCGACUGCGGCCUUUCCGGGUUGUCAUGGAAACGCCGCGCUCUGGGCGCAGCAUCCCGGGAGUCUGCGCGUCGGUCCCUGCGCAAGCGUGCGUACGGUGCGCUUCUCGCUGGACUCUUCCAGGAUGGGUCACCCAAACCGCCACCGAACCCCCUAUCGAACACACCCGCCCAUAAUAAAAUACUGAUGAUCUCGUUCGACCUGCGCGUGUCUGGCCACAAUGAGGAGGCGGAGAGGUUGGAGGAGCUUCUGAGUCAGCUACGGGACAGGGCGGACUCCUCGGGACUGUCCGAACUCGAUUCUGUCCUGGAGCUCCUGGUGCAGCUGGCCGGGUCCGUGGCACCUCCCCCUCUGUCUUUCAGUCGUGACUAUAUGCGCCGGGAACGUCCCGUGCAGCGCAGACCGCCGUUGGGCGGGUACCUGAGCCGGGACAUGCAGCAGCUGGAGGAGAGGGCGUGGUCUUUGAUCUGUGGUGAGGAAUGGGGCGUUUUUGGGGGCAUCUGUAGGACCCUGAGCAUCAUGGAUGCUCCACCAGGCACUGGGCUGCUCGGACUGGGACGCAGACAGGAUACCGAGGAGAGGUUUGAAAGAGAGACCCGACUGUCGCUGUUUGGUGCCCUACAGCACUCUAGAACAGCAGAUAUGGACGUCCGUCUGGACCUGCCGCCCGUUCCAAGCAACGCAGACCUUACUGGACUCAGUAUACGGGUUCCUCUGUGUCUGGAUCAGUCUGACGAUGAAGGCUUUCAGUCCGCCUCUAAUCUGACUCCAGAUUCCCAAUCCGAGCCGAGUCCCAGCCCUGAGAUCGACGUGUGGGAGGCCCUGCGGACAUUCGUGCCUGGAAGACGACGCUGUUGGGAGAACAUUGGCUGCCCGCCGGGUCAGAAGGAACCUCCGUACCUGACAGAGGCUGGCAGAGAGGCGUUUGAUCAGCUGUACCGACUGUGGGAGGGAGAAAUGAGGAACAUUCUGUCCACACAGACACCAUCACCGCUCCUGCCGCUGCCGCUGGACUGUCAGAGUCAGCUGGUCAAAGACGUGCUCAACGUGCUGAUCGGGGUCUCCUCUGUCACGUUUCCGCUCAACGAGGCUAGUGUGCAGUUUGAUGUUCGUCCGGAUAUAUGUGUGUCCGGGACGUCCCCUGAGAGUGUGUCUCGGCUGCUGGGUGAGCUGGCGCUGUACGGCACACACUACCUGCGUCUCAGCCGCUUCUCCCUGAGCAGCACGAGUCAGAAGGGACUCGUCUUCCAGGCCUUCACAGGUGGGCUGCGGCGUUACCUGCAUUACUACAGAGCGUGUGUGCUGAGCACGCCAGCCUCUCUCAGUCUCCUAACUAUCGCUUGUCAUUUUCGCAAACUGGGGCGUCAGCUCAGGUAUCUGUCAGAACUGUGUUGUGUGGAUGGAAUCGGAGGCGUGGGACGAGCAACUUUCCCCGUGGGUGUAAAGCUGCUGUCGUGUCUGUAUAAUGAAGCUCAGAGUAACUGCAGUAAUGAGAAUCAUCCGGUGCUGCUGUCACUGCUGAAGAGCAGCUGUGAGCCGUACACACGGUUUGUUUCAGACUGGGUGUACAGUGGCGUCUUCCGUGACGUAUAUAAAGAGUUUAUGAUCGAGGUCAAUGAGGAUUAUCUGACCUACAGAGAUAAGAACUUUUGGACGCAGGGCUACACUCUGAUUUCGUGUGAUGCAGAGGAUUGUGUGCCGGUGUUCCUCAAACACAUCGCCAAUGACGUCUACGUCUGCGGGAAAACAAUCAACCUGCUGAAAAUCUGCUGCCCACAGCACUACAUCUUCUGGUCGGAUGUACCAGUGCCCAGGAUCGCGGUGACAUUUUCCCUGCAGGAAGUAGAGGAGAUUGAGAGAGACUGUGCUGUGUAUCGCGGACGAAUGGAGACGAUCGCUAGGCACAGCGCCAUCAGCAGGGAGGAGCAGGCUAUGCGGACUGAACAGGCCCGACAGGAGCUCAUUAACCAGGUUAGAGUGUCAGCGGCCAAGACCCUGGAGAAAAUCAGAGGUCACCAGGUGUCGCAGCGUCUGGCAGAGGAGGCCCAGAAGAGAGAGCGAUUUGAAGAGAUGAAACAGCAGCUGGAGCUCGACCAGGAGUGGCGUAGUGCUGUGAGACGGAAGGAGCAGGAAGACGAUUUCAGCUACGCUCGAGAGCUCAGAGACCGUGAGCAGAGGCUGCAGGCCCUCGAGGAGCAGCUGGAGCGCCGGGCACGUAUGGAUCUGAUUACUCAGUACAGUCAGUUAUCAGAAGCCGCUGCAAGACGAGAGCUCAGAGCCAUGUGGAAGGUGCAGAGGAUGAAACUCGACGAGCGCAGAGUGAACUUUCUGCAGCAAGAACAACAGAAUGUACAGGCUCUUCUGGAGAAGUUUCCUUUAGGUCAGGAGGGCCCCCCUCCAGGAAUAUCCCAAAUGCUACAACCUGCACAACUACACGCUGAGCUCUCUGAGCAGCAGAAUCUACGAGAACAGCAAACAGCAAAUCCUCCUCUCACAGAAUCCUUUGCUCCUCCCUGCUCUCCUGCCAUUGGUGAAACUCAAGCUCUUAAAUCAGAGAAAAUCGACAUAGCUGACUUCCUCCUGAAGCCUCCAUACGUCCCUGAUAGUGGUGCCGUGACCCAGGCCCUCCACAACAUUGGAUCCGACCUCCUGCAAUCCCCUCAGAAACCCCACCCACAGCAUCCACACCCAUCGACCUACCACAUAUGCGUUGGUGAAAACGUUUCGGAAUUCCUGGAGUCUGUCCCCGUUCCUAAUAUAAAUGGACAGGCGUCCAAGUCCAGCUUCCUAUUGGGUCAGUUCACUCCAGAGGUGCCAUCAGGUCAGCCGAAGGCUAGUGUUCAUGGACACCCUUCACAGAGCUCCGUGCAGCUGGGAGGCUCCACUGCCUCAGGGCGGAACAAGGGCCCAAUACGCUCUGAGUCAAACACCCCUGCACAAACUACUCAAGCGCGAACAUGUGAGGCAGAGAGUGAUAGCCAGUGUACAGAAAAACAACCGACUGGAGAUGAGACGGGAACACAGCCCUCGGCGGCCAGCACAGGUUCAGAGCCAAAGCAAGCCGCCCAGGAGCCAACAGAGGAAGCCAAGUCCUGUGAGAGUGUCAGCCAGCCCUCUCACUGUUCUCAGCCAGAGCAAGAACAAUCUGUGUCUCUUCUCAGAGGCUUCCAUGAGUCAGAGUCCGAUUCUGAUACGAGAAAUAACAGCCAUGAUCCUGAUCCAGCACUGAUCUCAUCUUUACCCUCUUCUGAUGUCUGUGGCCACUCCUCCAAUGCCCAUAUAAGGGUUUACAAACAAGUUUCCAAGCAGGUCACUCCUCUUGCCAUAUCUAACAUCCAUGGCCACGCCUCUGAUGCCCAUAUAAGCAUUGGCGAACAUGUUUCCAAGGUAACCACUCCCAUCCCCACACCUAACAUCCAUGGUCACGCCUCUGAUGCCCAUAUAAGGGUUGGGGAGCAUGUUUCAGAGGUAACCACUCCUCUUCCCACACCUAACACCCAUGGCCACGCCUCUGAUGCCCAUAUAAGGGUUGGGGAGUAUGUUUCAGAGGUAACCACUCCUCUUCCCACACCUAACAUCCAUGGACACGCCUCUGAUGCCCAUAUAAGGGUUGGCGAGCAUGUUUCAGAGGUAACCAGUCCUCUUCCCACACCUAACAUCAAUGGCCACGCCUCUGAUGACAAUAUAAGGGUUGGUGAGCAUGUUUCAGAGGUAACCACUCCUCUUCCCACACCUAACAUCCAUGGCCACGCCUCUGAUGCCUAUAUAAUGGUUGGCGAUCAUGUUUCUAAGGUUAUCACUCCUCUUCCCACGCCUAACAUCCAAGGCCACUCCUCUGAUGCCCAUAUAAGGGUUGGUGAACAUAUUUCUAAGGUUAUCAUUCCUCUUCCCAUGCCUAACAUCCAAGGCCUCGCCGCUGAUGCCCAUAUAAGGGUUGGUGAACAUGUUUCUGAGGUGACCACUCCUCUUCCAAUGCCUAACAUCCAUGGCCACGCCUCUGACGCCCAUAUAAGGGUUGGUGAACAUGUUUCUGAGGUGACCAAUCCUCUUCCAACACCUAACAUCCAUGGCCACGCCUCUGACGCCCAUAUAAGGGUUGGUGAACAUGUUUCUGAGGUGACCAAUCCUCUUCCAACACCUAACAUCCAUGGCCACGCCUCUGACGCCCAUAUAAGGGUUGGUGAACAUGUUUCUGAGGUGACCAAUCCUCUUCCAACACCUAACAUCCAUGGCCACGCCUCUGACGCCCAUAUAAGGGUUGGUGAACAUGUUUCUGAGGUGACCAAUCCUCUUCCAACACCUAACAUCCAUGGCCACGCCUCUGACGCCCAUAUAAAGGUUGGUGAACAUGUUUCUGAAGUGACCAAUCCCGUCCACACCGCUAAUAUUCAUGGCCACGCCUCUGACGCCCAUAUAAAGGUGGGUGAGUUUGUGUCGGAUGUUGCCUCCUCUCUGCCACGUUGGAGCAAAUAUGGUCAUUCCUCUGACAGCACCCUUAAAGUGGGUUGUGUGAUGCCCGAUGCUGCCCCAUCACCCACCCCUCUACCUGGCAGCUCUUUUGGUCAUACAUCUGACUCCACAUUGACAGUCGGGUGUGUUGUCUCAGGCGUAGAUCCUCAACCCUCUCCGUUACCUGGCAGUGCGUAUGGACAUUCCUCACAGUCCACCUUGGGUAUCGGGUGUGUGGUUCAUAGGACUGAAACCACUCGGCCCAGCUCUCUUUACAGCGGUGCCCACGGGCAUUCGUCAGACUCUGCUCUGGGUAUGGGCUGCAUGGUUGGCGGGGUGGUGCCAGGGAGUUUGUACGGUGACAGGCCACCAUCCAAAUCUGACAGAACAUCAGAAGAUGCAGAAAAUCUAGCCAACCCAGACAUCCAGGCAGUGCCCCCUAGUGAGCUGUUCUCCCUGGAUGAGGGACUGUCUGCCUGGGCUCUGGGACUGGGAUUGUCCCCUAAAGAGAGUCCAGAGGAUCGUUAUCUUCUCAGCCUAGCCUUACAGUACCAAGUGGAGCAGUACCAGGACUCGUACGGCCUGAUGACUGCGGCUCCAGACUCUGAGCUGCUACUGCAGGUGACGUGGGGUCCGAACGGCCUUCCUGUAGACCCGUCCCUGCACCGGGCCACCGACGUCACUGCUGUUCAGCUCAACGAGAUGAUGCCACUUCCUGUUCUCAUGAAACACUCAGUUACAACACCACUGAUUACACAUGUGUCUAUGGUAAAUAAGGCCGUGGUGGAUUAUUUCUUCGUGGAGUUGGGUGUGGAGAAACACUUUGAGACACUCAGACAUUUCCUGUUAAUGGAGGAUGGAGAGUUUGCCCUCUUUCUCAGCGAUCAGCUCUUUGAGAAGCUGGGCAGUGGUCAGACGCCCGGUGAGCUGCUGACCCCGCUGGUGUUGAACUCCAUUCUCAAUAAGGCCUUACAGUACAGCGUUCACGGCGACAGCGAGCUGGCGGCUCACUUCACGUUUGCGCUGCGAUACCUCCCUGAGAUCUUCCAUCCUCACGCACCAGACUCGCUGAACUGUCUCGAGCUCCGCUACAAGGUGGACUGGCCGGUGAAUAUCGUCAUCACAGACAGCUGUCUGAACAAAUACAACAGACUCUUCUCUUUCCUGCUGCAGCUCAAACACAUGGUGUGGUCCCUCCGAGACGUUCAGGUGUCCUGGAACGAGUUCACACACAAACUGAGCAGCGCCAACGACCUGGACGCCAUUCACCGCACACACGCCGAAUACCUCAACAGAGCCAUCUUCAGGGGUUUGCUGACGGAGAAAGCCGCCCCCGUCAUGAACAUCAUCCACAGCAUCUUUAGUCUGAUCCUGAAGUUCCGCGGGCAGCUGAUCGCGCAGCCGUGGGAGCUCCAGCAGGGGGAGCCGGUGCAUCCCAGUUUCAUUGCCAUGCAGCAGUCCUACAACACCUUCAAAUACUACUCCCGCUUCCUGUUCAAAGUGGUGACCAAACUGGUGGAUAAAGGUUAUCAGCCCCAUCUGGAGGACUUCCUGUUGAGGAUCAACCUCAAUAACUACUACAAAGACUCUUGAUUGUCCUGCGUGUUGAGUCCGAGUCCUCCAGACCUGCUUCAGUAUGUAUGGUGUGUGUGUAUAUAAACAAAGACAAUGGCCACAAUUGCCCGUAGCUGUUUUUCAGUGACAAACUCAAAUCCAUUUGCUCAGUAUUGAUGCUGUUAAGCAUUUCCUGUUGUGAUGUGUGCACUGAUGCUUUUCUCCACAGAGGCUAGGCUAGGCUAUGUGAUGUGUAAAAUAAACUGUUUAAUUUUCAGAUUUCGUUCUCACGACUCAAAGGAAGUUCGAAAUGGUCAGAAAGCUUUAUUAAAAUGUUUUACAUUCUGAACAGAUGUUACAUGGGUUGAAUCUAAUAGACCAGUAGCUGCUGUGCUGAACAACCAGUCACACAUACAUGAAUAUUUUUAUUUGUCGUCAUGCUAAAGCUCAUCGCAGGUUAAACUUCAGACGGUUACUGAGGCAUAUUAGAGUUUGAGAAACUUCAGGAUCAGUUUCACUCCAGCACAAUAAAUGUAAACAGUUCAACGUCAUUCACUAGCAAACAACUUUCAGGAACUUGGAUUUCCAGUUAAACCCUUCAGUUCACAAACGAUUGCAGAUAAAUGAGUGUUUAAUAAAGUGCUGUGGAUGUGCUGAUCCAUCUGCUCGGAGGAGAAAAAGCCCUUCAGCACACAAAACAAAAAUAAAAAACAGAAAAAUGAUUUCAUUUUGUUGCCAGACUCACCCUGAGAUUAUUAAUUUUUCCACAGAAUGAAUGUUAAAAUAUAUGACGCAGUUGUUUUUCAUCUACAGGAUGUCCGAAUUUCCUAUUCGAGUUAAUCUGUUCACUGUAUUUUCUAGGUUAUUAAAUAUAAACAGACAACAGGAAGUAAACUUGUGGUUUUAAAUUAGUGUUUUAAAAGCAAUCUAAAUUGCACAUUUAAAAAAAAAAAAAAUAAUAAUUUUUAGAGAAAAGUAGUGGAAUUUUGUUUUGCAUUCUGCUGAAUCCCAAUCUGCACAAAACAUAAAUGUGAAGUACAUUUAAUCAUAAUAUCUGCAUGUAAGCAUUAGCAUCUAACUUAAUUACCUUAAAGGAAUGGUUCACCCAAAAAUAAAAAAAGAGCUAAAAAUGUUCUCAUUCUCAGACCAUUCAAGAUGUAGAUGAGUUUGUUUCUUCAUCAGAACAGAUUUGGA